AUGAAAAUGUUGACGGACAGCCGGCUGCGCCACAGUGGCACCUCCAUGACCAAGAAAAAGGAUUCGGGUUCGGAGGACGAUGAAAGCUCCAUCUGUAGCUGUGCGGCCAUUAAAAGGAGCGUUGUCUACUAUCUGAAGAACAGCACGCUCCAUGGAUUGAAGUACAUCGCCGAGGAGAGCAUCACCAUUCCAGAAAGAGUCUUUUUUGGCAUAGCCUUUGUGCUAGUUGUAAUCCUGUCUGGCUUUUUCAUCUCCAAUGUGUACGUGAAGUGGAGCGCCUCUCCAAUAAUAAUAUCGACGAGUGCCAAGCAGAAGCUUACAAGCAACAUGCCCUUUCCGGCGAUCACCAUCUGCAAUCUGAACCAGGCGCUGCUCAGCAAAGUGGACCGCAUUUCCCGCACCAGCACCAAUUACUCACUGCUGAUGGGUCUCUGUGAUCAGGGUGGGGAUAACACCAUCUCGUAUAUCGGCACCUGGAAGUACUUCAAGGCAAUUCUAGUGGAGGUGGCCCAGCCCUGCGAGAAGAUGCUGUUGUAUUGCAGCUUUGGAUCACGCGAGGAAGAGUGUUCCCUUCUCUUUACCUCUAUUCUAACUGAUGAUGGUCUCUGCUGUAAUUUCAAUGCCCUGGAUCCCUCCUAUCUUAUUAGGAACUAUAGUGACGAUGUGCGUUGGGAGCCGGCUCAGCCGAAUAUGAGAUAUGAGCCUAUCGAUUGGACUCCUGAGAAGGGUUAUGCCCGCAAGUUGCCGGAGUUUUAUUACCCGAGAACUUCCGGAGGCACUGGCAUUAGGAUGGGUCUCACUGUUGUCCUGAAUGCUUCCGUUGCGGAGUACUAUUGCACCAAGUCCAUGAGUGUGGGAUUUAAAGUUCUCGUUCACAAUCCCGCCGAACUGCCAAAGGUCAGUAAUUAUGGAUUUGUGGUGACUGCUGGCAGGGAGGCGCGAAUACCCAUCGAACCGGUCUAUGAGGAUGCUCUGCCCACCAUAAGAUCCAUUAAGAAAUCAGUGCGACGUUGCCUGUUCUCGGAUGAGAAUGAUUUGGCCUACUACCGGACGUAUUCCCGCAAGAAUUGUGAGCUGGAGUGCGAGGCAAAGUUGCUGCUUCGCGAAUGCAGAUGUGUGCUGUAUUAUCUGCCCCGGAUCGAUCCCAUGGCCAGAGUGUGUGGACCCAAUGACAAUUCCUGCACGGAUCGUGUCCAGACGGAGAUCGAAUCCUCGCUAACGAAUCUCUCCUGCGAAAGCUGCUGGCCCGGUUGCUUUGAGCUCACCUACAAGGCAACCCUUUCCACGUCCACAAUUGUCUCCGAUCCACGAUUUCAAGCGGGUGAGAAUAUGCCGGAUUAUCUCUUUCAUGGGCCAUAUAGCAACGCCAGCGAGAUGUCCAUUCUGCAUUUCUACUAUAUGAGCAACAUAUUCCGCAGUACCACCAAGUCCGAGAUGUUUGGCUUCACCGAGUUUUUGUCUAAUACUGGUGGCUUGUUGGGCCUCUUCAUGGGCUUCAGCAUCUUCUCCGUAAUCGAAAUAGUUUACUAUAUCACUGUCCGGCCUUAUUGCGCCUCUCGGACUCUUCAGCAGCGUCAUCACCGUCGUUUGGAGCAGCUGCUCUGGCUUACUCCGGUCCGGGUGCCUGCCCGUAGAAUUCUACGACGCCAACGAGGAACUCUCAUCCGGAAUACACAACCUCCGCCACCAGCUUACAGUGAUUUGGAGAUGCGUCGAAAGAAAAAGUCUGGAAAAUCAGAGCUCAAAAAGCGAAAUCUGUGGCAGACGCUGCAGGUAAGGCCAGUGAACCAAGGUGAUGUGGAGCCACCCGUCUAUCCCUAUCUGGAUUAA